CACGCCUCCCCUGCAACUUACGGUAUUUCCUACGUCCUACGGGUACGGUAAUCUACCUACAUACAUAGACAGGUAUCUGUGAACCUGAAUGGAUUUCAACGACAACACUUAUAACUUCAUCGUAGCGACCUACAUUGAGCCCCAACCCCAAGAAUUAUAAAAACAAUGACUCUCUCCAGCACGCUUCUCCACUUGACCGACUUCCGCAAUCCCUUCCUCAAAACAUUGGUCCCUUCGGUCGGUGCGGCCUUUGCCAUUCAAGCUGCCUUUGCCAUCCCCUCCAUCCUAGCUCAGUCGGAGCGCUUUUAUGAUGUUUCGGGGUCUCUCACUUACCUUUCCGUCACCGCGCUGAGUCUCUAUCUUCCUGCCAUCCGAGCACGUGCUGCUGCUACGGCGGUCGGCUCUCUCAAACCAGCCUGGCCAAGUCUGCUCGACGCUUUCACCGGCAAGGGAGGUGCCAAUGGACUCAACUGGAGACAGGUCGUUUUAAGUACGGCCGUCACGAUUGUAAGUAGAAUCAUAGGAUUUCUCCUAGGGUCCCCCCUUAGCGAAUGAUUAUGAUGGCUGACUGGAAUACAUGCACAGUGGGCAACAAGACGUGAGCACUGAAGAACCCCUUCAUCGUUUUCCAGCAAACUAACCGAGGACAAGUGGGCAGCUAUCUGUUUCAACGAGUCCUGAAAGACGGUCAUGAUUCUAGGUAGCAUCGCCCUUCAUCUUGAAAUGUGCUCGCUAACCGUCAAUGAAGAUUUGACGAGAUCAAGAAGUCACCACCUCGUUUCUUUGCAGCCUGGAUGGCUCAAGGUUAGUCUCCACCGCUCACGCUUACAUGUGUUUGAAAAUUGGCAUGUCAGUUGACCUUCAUCAGCAACAUGGGUAACACUUUGUAUGAUGCCCGUCUUGGCCUUGAAUUCAAUUCCACGCACAACUCUUGCAGCACUUCCAAUUCUGGGACUGACAGAUAUCAUUGGAAUUACUAUUUAUGUUGGUGGCUUGGGCUUCGAGAUUGCUGCCGAUAGGCAAAAAAGUGCGUGGGUCGAGGCAAAGAAAAACAAGGAGCAUGAUGAAGACUUCUUAACACAUGGCCUGUGGAGCAAAUCCCGGCAUCCAAAUUACUUUGGAGAGAGUACACUUUGGACGGGUAUUGCAACAACUGCAGCUGGCGUUUUGCUAACAACUACUGGCCAAAGAGGUACGUAUCGAGAACCUCUACCCUUUUCCCCAGAUAUAUCUUGAACUGGCUUGGAUUCCAUUGCUGCUUCCCCUUCCCAGUUUCUCUUGAUGAAUGGCAGUGCUGAUUUUGCUCAGGGAUGGGGCUGUCUACCACUUGGUAUGGGAGAGUCCUUGGUCUUGGAAUGUGUGCAGUAAGCCCGGCAUUUGUCACUUUUCUGCUUUUCAAGGUCUCGGGGAUUCCACUUAGCGAGAAGAAGUACGACAAAAAGUACGGUGAUCACAAGGACUACCAGGAAUGGAAGAAAAAUACGCCUGUUUUCAUUCCCAAGUUCUAGAUGAUAGGGAAAUGACCGGGGGAGAUAUGUCUUAACAAAGAUACCCCAUUUCCUUUGUCUUUACUAGUCAUCUUACAGCUUUCUUU